AUUUCCAUAAAAAUUAAACGCUGUGAACAAAUAAAUAAAAAUGUCUGUGAGAAGUAAUAAUUUUUCAACGAGUGAAGUGAGCUUUUUAUUAGAAUUAGUAGAACUAAAUAAAAAUGUGCUGGAGUGGAAAGAAACUGAUCGAGUUUGCGCAGAGGAAAAAUUGAAAGUGUGGAAGGAAAUAGAGAUCGAGUUCAACUCAAAGUUUAGUCAAGUGUAUAGGAGCUCAAAGGUGCUGAAGACGAAGUACGAGAAUGUGAAAAAGGACUCAAAAAAGAGAUUAGCUGCAGAAAGGCGUGAUAUUUAUAAAACCGGCGGUGGAACAAGAGCUUCUAUACCCAGCACAACAAUAGACGGGAAAAUGCUGAGCAUUUGCCAGCCUGAGCAAAUUGCGGGCAAUGAAGCUAUUUAUGAUGAUGACGCAUUAGAAAUAAUUGAAGAAACUUGCCUUGUGGAAGUUUCAGCGGAGAUGGAAGAAAAUUUAUCCGCAUCCCCCACUGAAAAUUGUAGCUCUGAACUAGAGCAGACACUAGGUAAAUACAAAUUAGCAAAAUGUUUAUGUAUGUAAAUGUUUUGUGUUUAAAUACAUACUUUUCUUCAAUAGACAAACCUCAAGUCUGAUAUUGCUUCAAAAAAGGCAAAAAAGUGCGAGUUGCAUAGUCGAAGAGCAUGAACUAUCA